AUGUUUGGUGGUUAUAUCCAGUCGGGAGUUUAUAGAACAUUAGAUGGAAAAGCUGGACUUCCAGGUUGGAGAUGGAUUUUCGUCAUUGACUUCAUCAUCACAAUUCCAAUUGCCAUCUUGGGAUACUUGGUUAUUCCUGAUUCACCUACCCAAGCUAAGCCAAACAAAUUUUUAUCUCAAAAAGACUUAGAUUUUUGUGCUGAACGUGUUAGAGUCAUUAAAAAAGUUGAAAUUGCUAGCAAAUUUAAUCUUAAAGUUGUGAAAAAGAUGCUUACAUCCUGGCAAUUUUACGUUUUCACCUUCUAUUAUACCGUUGGUCAUUUACCAGAUCAAGCAGCAGGAUAUUGGGCUAUUGUUUUGAAAGCUCAAGGUUACAAUCUUUAUCAAAGAAAUAAUUUACCAACUUCAACUUCAGCAUUCAAUGUUGUCGCGUGUGUUGUUGGUGGGCUUCUUGUUGACGUGAUUGGAAGAUUUUGGGAAGUAAUGACAGUUGCACAUACUAUUUGGAUCAUUGCUUUGUCAAUUCUAGUUAAAUGGGAUGUUCCUCGUGCUGCCCAGUUUUAUGCCUAUAUAACAGCUGGUAUAAGUGGUUUAAUCUCGACAUUGUGUUGUUCUUGGGCAAAUGAAAUGACAAGAGAAGAUAAUCAAUUAAGAGCUGCUGUUUUAGGUGCUUUGAAUCUGGUUAAUAUUGGACCUUUAACAGGGUUCUCGAUAAAAGCUUUCAAUACUGAUUAUGCUCCAAAAUUCGAAGAAGGUACUAGGAUAUCAUUGGGUAUUUGUAUCGUUAGUUUCUUUACAGGAUUUGUGGUUUUAUGGUUUGAUCGUUAUCAAAGAAGAAAGAGAGAUUAUAUUGAAGAUCAAGCCCUUGAAGGUAAAACUGAACAUGAUUUGGGACAUAUCAGUAGUUGA